AUGCUAUAUGGUCUUGUCCUGCAGUUCCUGCAGGACGAGUGGGAUCAUGGUACCUGCUUUAUGGGCCAUGUGAAAUCUUACUCGCAUGUGUUUGUUGAAGCCCUCCACUACAGAGUGGCAACACAAACUAGGGGGAAAUCUGCUCACUAUGCCUACUUCAAUGGUCGAGUUGCUGUCGAAAUUCAAUGGAUCUUCAAAAUUGACAUAGAGUAUGAAGAUCAGGGUGAAAUUUCCAAGACGGUUGCUGUUGUUCAUCCCUUUGUUACAGAUGAUAACAUGCCAGCAUUCCCAUGGGAUUUACAGGCAAUUGAUCUUGGCAUGCAGGUCUGGUACAGAGAUGCCCUUGGUGACAUGGAGGUCGUUGAGAUUGAACUUGUGUUGGGACAACUCAUACUCAUCCCCAUCACCGUUUCUGGUGUUGAAUAUUGGGUGACAGUAGCCCACAAUCAUGAUGGGACAGAAGUGGACAUGGACGUCAAUCUUGAGCUUGACGACGUUGAAUAG